AUGAGUAGGCCUUCUUUAUCUUCCUUACCGGUUGAGGUAUUGGUGAAUAUAUUUAGUCAUCUUGAUGACUCUGAUUUCAGAUCAUUAGAACAAACGUGUAAAUUAUUCGAUCGAAUUGUACAUGAUGAGGAACUUUGGAAGAACUUAUUUUUGCAGAGACACAACACCUUAUGGUUUCCAUCUUUCUCACGUUCGAAUCUUUAUAGUAUGGAAUACAUCAAAAGAAACAUGGCUUUGAAUGAAUGGAGGCAUAAUCGAGCUACGAAAACUAAAUAUACAAUAACACAUGAUGUAUCGCAACAGCCGCAAGAUAUUUCACGCGUUGUGUUCGAUUUCCCUAGAUGUGCUUGUUAUAACGAGGGCAUGGUCACCUUUUUACAGUUACAAAAAAAAAGGAAGAAAGAUAGGGUUGCGUAUAUUCAGUGUACCACGCCACAUGGGACGUCAGCAAGGCAUUUCAACAUUAAUGCUGUAGUAUUCGGAAGGUAUGACGGGAGAGUAUUUGGGAAAUUACUUACAAAUAAAUCAUAUCUUUCCCCUGUCACGGAGUUUGACGAUAGGCAUUACUCAGCAGUUACUGCGAUUGUUACAACAGCGUACCAAGAUUCUCCAGACGACGUUUGUGUAAGUGGAGACGAAUCUGGAGAGGUGAUAUGGUGGCGUAACACCCAAAAAGAGAAAAAGAUGAAGAUAUCUUCUCAUCCAAUUGCCGAUCUUCAUGUUCAUAAAAAUACUACCAUUGCCAUUGACUUAGAAACCAUCUACGUCAUCAAAUCAAUGGAAGAAGUACACUCCAUCGAUCUAAUAGCUAAAAUUGGUACAGACUUUUCGAAUUGUAAGGUAACAAAGGUUGAUUUUGGUGGUAGGAAUAUUGUAGUAGCUACUUUAUUUGAAAUCUAUGUGAUCUCUAUCGAUAUUGGGAAGGAUUUCGGGAGAACGAGACCUAUGUUUUUUCUCUCUGCUAUCCAAGAGGUUUCAAUCGAUGAGGCUACUGCUAAAAAAGAGCGUGACCUCAGCUUAGCCGGUGGAGAUGGUUGUUACAUUGCAGUAUUAACGGAAGAUAAAAAUGUAAGCACCAUUAACAUCAGAAUGCCUGGUGUUGAUUUAGAAUGUCAGUCUACAGUUAGUUUACAUGAAAGCUGGGUAACAUGUCAAAUCAAUAAUCUGGUAGUUGUUUGCGCCUUCAGCGGCAUGAUUGGAGUGUACGAUGUAAUGACGGGGAAUGAAAUUAGAGUAAUUCGAAACUCAGAGCAUUAUCCAGAGUUUUUAAACAUUUCCCAUGGACAAAUAUUGGUCGGGAAGGAAAGCACUCUCUACUACUAUCAGUACGUUUCAAUUGGUGACCAUUCAAAGAAGAAACGCGGCGGCAAUAGAGCACGUAGCAAUAAAUGGAACGAAAACUUGCAGCAGCAAUUAAAAAUGUAUGAUGACGAAGAGCAGAAACGGAUUACUGAUCGUAAUUAUAUGGACAAAUUGAAAAAGAAGUUUGUCGGUGAUAUUGAUGACGAGGAGGUGCAAUUUCAGAUUGCUCUCAUGGAAUCAAAAGGCUCAUCUUCGCAAUUGUCAUCUUUGAACCCUGAAGAUCAUUUAUUGGGUUCACAGGAAUCUAAUAGCACUACGAAUCAAUUCAUCGACGAUGACGAAAUUGACGUCGACUUCUUAAAAGCAUUACAAGACAGUGAAACUCAAGAAAGAAGAGCAGAGAAGCGAAGGGAAAGGACUCAAAAAACACCAAUCGGUACGCUAGAUCAUGUUUACGAACGAGAAAGUGUCAGCGAUACGGAAUCGCUUGAUGAGGAAACAAGAAGACAAAUCGAAUUGAUUGACGAAUUGCAUGCCUCAACAGCCAGUAACAUUCAGGGGAGUGAAGAGAAUGAUGAGGAACUAGCUUUAGCUAUUGCACUAUCUUUGAGUAAUAUGAACAACUAG